CUCGCGUGUUACCUAACCCUAACCCUUCCUGGAGUCCUCCGCAGUCUGAGGAUCGCUGAGGUUCCAGUGAGUCUCCACAGCCUCUCAGCUCUUGAGCCUCUCCGCAGGCUGCUCAGUUCACGAUGGACAGGACACAAUGUUGCUUGAGUCUGUCGGUCCAGCCGUCCAGAGGACUAAUGGAUGAGAAGUUCAUUGUCCUCAUCCAGAAUGGUCCACCUGGUUUCAAGUUGACUGUCCACGCCUUCCACCAGUCUGAAGAUGGACACAAAUGGGAGGCGUUUGGUCACUACACUGCUGAUGCCACUGGGACUGUGAACGUUUCAGAGGAUCUCAGUCUGGGUGGGACAUAUUCGGGGGUUGAACCAAUGGGUCUAUUGUGGAGCCUCAUACCAGUUCCAGGCAGCAAACCUGGGCUCAGGAUGAGGAGGUUGAACAUCCAGAUUCCCAUGGAGGUCACAAUCUCAGUGUACCAGGGUCACCAGACUGAGGGGUUUGUGGAUCAAGUGUCGCUGGCCUCUGUAUUGGUGGAGCGAUGGUACAUGGCGCCUGGCGUCCGCAGGAUCCCAAUCACAGAGGGUGGACUCACUGCGAUGCUUUUCCUGCCCCCAGGACCUGGACCUUUUCCUGGUGUCUUGGACCUGUGGGGGGGUGGAGGGAAGUUGGUAGAGUACCGCUCAGCGCUGUUGGCCUCCCAUGGCUUUGCCUCCCUUGCUCUUGACUACCUCACAAAUAAAAUCACCAUUGAAACUGGAAAGUUAGUGGACAACAAGUACUUUGAGACAGCCUACAGUAUCCUGCAGCAGCAUCCUCAGGUCCUUGGCAGUAGGAUCGCCAUGGUGGGACUUUCCUUAGGUUGUGCAAUCACCUUCAAAAUGGCUGUUUAUUCUGACGUUUUUAAGCUCAGCUGUGCAGUGUGUAUUAGUGGGAGUCACGUGCAGCCAGUUGAUGGAUCUUUGGAGCAAAUGAUGUCUUUCUUUCAGGAAAACGCUCAGAAAAUUCGUGUCACUGAGGAGAACCACGCGAUCAUGCGGGACCUGCUGCUGCCCAUUCCCGCUGACUCCUCAUUCAAAGUAGACGUGGGACAACUCCAGUGUCCUCUGUUGUUGGUUGUAGGUGAGGAUGAUCAGAAUUGGCCAGCCCAUGAGUCUGCGAUGGAUAUAAAGGAGAUGAUGGAGCGAGCAGGGAACAGCCACCUGUUGACUGUCCUGUCAUACCCAAACACUGGUCAUCUUAUUGAACCUCCAUACACUGCGCAUGCCAGAGCCAGCAACUUCAUAUCAGCCUCAUCUGGUGAAAAGUUCAUUGCUUUGUGGGGUGGAGAGAAGGUUGCACACUCUUAUGCUCAGGAAGAUGCCUGGAGGAAGAUGCUGCUCUUUCUGAGGGAGAAUCUUUAUGCUGGCAGAAACCCUGUUCUACCCCCUUCUUCCCACCUGUGAUCUAGGUAAUUACUUCAAGGAAAUUCAGUUGCUAAGUAAGGGGAAUUUGAGUCAUAGCUUAUGGAUGUAUAAAUCCCUUUAGUUAUAGUUUUAUAUGUCUCAUAACAGAUGCACUUUUAUGGCUCAGAUUGGCAUGAAACCUUCUUGACUUAACCAUCAGUACAAUAGAUGAGUAACUUGUAGAAAACACACUCACCAAGCAUCCUCUUUUUAAUUUUAUCUGACUGUCAUACUGUCAUUACAAUAAUUAAAUAAUAAAAUAACCACUGCAAGUCUCAUCAGCCUCA